CUUUGCACAUGUUUUUUAUAGCUUCUACUACAGCGAUAAAAGACAUAACAUAACAGUACUCGACACGCGUCUAUUGGUGUUGUAAAGGUGAAUAAAUGCGAUUCAUGUAACAAUAGGCAACAUUUGAUCCGAAUUUUUUCCCAAAGCUCUUUCUCGAGUUCAGUGCUCAUUGUGCAUUGAGUGCUGUGUGACAUAUGAAGCAAGCCACUCGCUGAAUAAUUGGCCGAAGAUAAUAUCAUAAUAAUCAGCGCACCAGGAAGAACAGGUUUUGUGCCGUGAUCAUUAUGCAGUGACUUUCCAGGAGUUGACACUCGCCAGUAUACGUACUACGCUGUAUCUCGCUGCUUACAUUUUCAGAAAAAAACGUCGCAGUCGCUCGACGAUUCUUCAAGCGACCUCAAGUCUGCGACACUUUUUCUUAAUUUUGAAAAUUCGCACGAGGUUAGAUUGAAUUUAUUUGCCGUGAUUUGACAUCAACACAAUUAUGGCCCUGAUGCGCGUUGGUUCUUCAUCAGCCGAUCUGGCUGGAAUAUUGGCUAAAUCGUCAUAUGCAGCCACAACGGUACCGUCGUCCUGUCAGCAAAAUAAUCAUCGUCCUCUACACGCCUCGUCGGUACGUCGCUAUCCAGAAGCUCCUCGUCUGCCUCUACCUCACAACAUCUCAGAGGUGUUGAACACCGAGUUAACGAGCUUCGGACCCGAGCGAUCGCGUGACAUAUCGGCCCCGCUUUUCCUUUACAAUCAGGAUCCAAACAAAUUCUCCAGCUCGUUCGGCAGCACCAACAAAUCAGCCUUCAAUACGGGCUCCAGCGUCAGGAUGCAGCAGACCGAUUGCUACGACUGCUUCGGAGUCGUCAGUCUCAGCAGCUCGAUGCAGACCAAUGUUCCGAAGCCAUUUUUGUCUGGAAAUCGCUCGACUUAUUUGAACAUGCCUGGAGGCAUUUGGGCCAGGGAAGCCAAGUACUUGGCUGAAAAUAUCAGAAAAUCGCAUUUUACCGUUUAUCAAAUGAGAGACGCCAACAGAAGUGGAGCCUUCGAUGCCAUUCGUAAUUACUGUACGAGCUCUUCACCUGUAACUAGUGACGUUAAAAAUCAAAAUGAAAAAAAAACGAGCCCAACAAAAUCAGAGAAUCAAAAAAUUUGGGAUUCGAUGUCUAAAAGACAAAAACUCGGCAUACUCGUAAGGGAUUACGGCAGGACUGUAAUGGCUUUUCACAUAGGAAUCUCGCUCGUAUCACUAGGAAGCUUUUACUGGGUCGUAUCGAGUGGCUUAGACAUAACUCCAGCUAUAAAAUUUAUUGCUGGAGAGAGUGAAGACGACUUGAUCAAAACUGUUAUGGGUCAAAGUUCUACGUUCCUUAUAGCUUAUGCCGUACACAAAUUGUUUGCUCCUGUAAGAAUAUCUCUAACUUUAGGUUGCACUCCUAUACUUGUUCGAUUUUUGCGUAAGAAAGGAGUACUUAAGCCACCUAAGGCAGCUACUCCGACCUAAUAAUUUCAAUGCUGUUUUGUAUACAAAAUAAUAAAUUAUUACGUUAAAAGUUUUGUAUUAUAAUUGAAA